AUGGCUGGCGCUCUGUUUGGAGGGGCAGCUUUGGGAGCAGUGUUUGGUGAAUUGCUCAAACUUGUUAUAGAUGCUGCCAAACAAGCCAUCAAUUUCAAGUCCACUCUCAAUCGCCUCGAAAGAACAUUAACUGCGAUAGAGCCAGUUUUCACUGAAACAGUGAAGCUAAACAAAUUGUUGGAUGCUCGAAAAGAAGAAACAGAUGGCUUCAUCAAACACCUGGAAGACGGAAAAGCGCUAGUUGAAAAGUGCUCCAAAAUCAAAAGGUGGAAUGUGUAUGAUAAAAGAAAUUACAAUGAGAAGCUCAACGAUCUACACAGUUCAUUGGUUUCGUUCUUUCAGAUUGAUGUGCAAGCACAGUUAGCCAGGGAUACUAGGAAGAUUUUGUUAGGUGUGAACAAUGUGGAUGAGAAAGUGGAAAAGAUACUCUCGAUUUUGGAAAAUGGCGGUGGAGUUCGUCAUUCAAAUGGGUUUUUUGGUUGUUGUGGGGUUCCAGGAGUUCCGGGUUUUAUAGUUGGAUUGGAUCUGCCACUUGAAGAAUUGAAAGUGAUGCUGCUUAAGGAUGGAGGGUCAGUGGUUGUGCUUUCAGCUCCUGGAGGGUGUGGGAAGACUACACUGGCGAAAAUGCUCUGUCGCGAUGAGGAAAUAAAAGCCAUAUAUGAGGCCAAUAUCUUCUUUGUCAAUGUUUCGAACACACCCAACAUAAGGGUCAUUGUUCAGAAUCUAUUUCAACAUACGGGUUAUCAUCCGGUGCCUGAGUUUCAAAGUGAUGACGAUGCAAUCAACAAACUAGAGAUCUGGCUGAAACAAAUAGGACAGCAUCCACUAUUGCUUGUCCUGGAUGAUGUAUGGUCUGGAUCAGAAUCCCUUGUCCACAAUUUCAAGUUUCAAAUACCAGGAUACAAAAUCUUGGUUACUUCAAGAUCUGAUUUACCAGGUUUUGAUUCAACAUAUAAAUUGAAAUUGCUGAAUCAUCAGAAUGCUGUUACUCUUUUUCGUCACAUAGCAUUUCCGCAAAAUGGGAGCACCUAUGUUUCGGAUGAUCUUGUGGACAAGGUGGUGAGAGGCUGUGGAGGAUUUCCACUGGCCCUUGAAGUGGUUGCCAGAUCACUCUGUAACAAGCCUGAGGUGAAAUGGAAAAGUACGUUGAGGAAAUGGUCGGGCGGUCAGUCUAUUUUUGGUUCAAAUAGUGAUCUGCUUAAACGUCUCCAAACCAGCUUAGAUGCCUUGGAAGAGAUGCCUAUAGUCAAAGAGUGUUUCCUGGACUUAGGUUCAUUUCCUGAAGACCAGAGGAUCCCUGCUUCUACUCUCAUGGAUAUGUGGGUGGAAAUGUAUGACUUUUAUGAAGACGGUUCGGAUACCUUUGAAUACCUCGAUGAACUCUCCACAAGAAAUCUGGCGAAUCUUAUACUCACGAGAAAAGUUGCAAAUGAAGUUGAUGACUACUGUACUGAGCAAUUUGUCACGCAGCAUGAUCUACUGAGAGAGCUGGCUAUUUAUGAGAGUAGUCAAGAGCUCAUGGAACAGAGACCAAGAUUAAUUGUGGACAUAAGUGCAAACAACCUUCCAAGGUGGUGGAGGGGAAAAAUGCAGCAACCCAUAAAUGCCCGUCUUUUGUCUAUUUCUACAGAUGAGACAUUCUCUUCAAGCUGUUGCGACCUUGAACUACCUGAAGUUGAAGUACUAAUACUGAACUUUCGGACAAGGAACUUCACUUUACCCCAGUUCAUAAAGGGAAUGGACGCACUAAAGGUUCUGAUUAUUACCAACUAUGGUUUUGGUUCAGCUGAACUAAAUAACUUGCUAUUGCUUGGUUAUUUAUCCAAUCUAAAGAGAAUCAGAUUUGAACAUGUUUCGAUUUCUUCCCUUGGCACAUCCAUAUUAGAGCUGCAGAAUUUGACGAAAAUAUCAUUGAUUAUGUGUGAGAUUGGGAAAGCUUUUCAGAAUUGUACCCUUGAGCUCCCCAGUAUAUGGCCAAAUCUUGUGCAGAUUGAUAUUGAUUGUUGUGAAGAUUUAGUGGAAUUCCCUGCCGGACUGUGUAAUAUCAUCAAUCUUAAGAAGCUCAAAAUCACUUCAUGUCAUGAGCUGUGUGUACUUCCCCAAGAAUUUGGAAAGCUAACAAAUUUGGAAGUAUUGAGGCUUCAUUAUUGCAAGAAAUUGCCAGAGCUACCACAGUCUAUUGGAAACCUCCAGAAACUAGAACUUCUUGAUAUAUCUGAUUGUUCAGGAUUGAAUAAAAUGCCCACGCAGAUGGACGAGUUGUGUGGUCUGAGAACGCUUCACAUGAGAGGGUGUCGGGGACUAGGUGAGCUGCCACCAUCAGUAAAGAAACUUGGGCAGUUAAAAGAUGUGAUAUGUGAUGAAGACACUGCCUGCCUUUGGGAACCUUAUAAGAGUUACCUGACCAAUUUGAAGCUAACUGUUCUAAAAGAAUAUCCCAAUCUCAGGUGGCUUUGAGAAAUUUGUUGGGGGUUCACAGGUAUGUUAAUUGAUGCUCUAUUUUUAACCUUCUUUUCAUGGAAUUCAAUUCAAGACAUGUACAUCUACUGUCUUUAUUAGACAAUGAGUUUGCAUGACAUUCUUCGACAGACAUGAUACACAUGGUGCUAUUUUGAUUAUUGUCCUUGUAUUUUCCCUUUUUUCAUGCUUAAAGAUG